AUGGCUUCUAUUCAACAACAACAGCAGCAAGAAGGUUACAAGAACACCAACAUGUUCGCUACUCAAGGUUCUAAUAUUGAGAAUUGGUUUGUCGCUCCACCUACAGCGGAUGUUUGGUUGGACAAGGCUGGUAAAGAGGUAGACACCCAUACCUGGACCUCUGAUUCUUCCUCCGUUUAUUCAUUAUCACCAUCGGAUCAAUACAGGGCUAUGUUUGAUUCCGAUCUUUUGUUAAACAAUCAAGAUACUUUGGAUUCAUCUACUGCCUUUACCAUUGGCAAUAACGUUUCUGAGGAAAACUCUCCCUUAAUGAACGCUACUAAUCCUGACAACGGAUUUGAUUUCGAAAAGAAUCAAUUUACACAGCUGCCUUUAGCUGCUGAGAGUACAGACCUACCAACCCUGGAUUCAGUUGAAAUAGAUAAUGAUUUGCAAGUGAAGAUCGAAGAUGGAGAAGAGGUUAAGAAACCAAAGAAGCGUGCAACUCAGAAACCUCAAAAUAAGAAGAGAGGCUCCAGAAAGAGAUUGACGGCAGAUCAAAGAGUAACUCACAACAUGAUCGAGAAGAGAUACAGAAUAAAUAUUAAUACCAAGAUCGGAAAAUUACAAAAGAUUAUCCCAUGGGUGGCUUGCGAAGAUACUGCGUUCGUUGUCGAUAAUAAAGUCUUGAGUGCUGGAGAAGAUUCUUUGCCUCUAAAGAAAGUAAAACUGAACAAGAGUAUGAUUCUCGAAAAGGCUGUCGAUUACAUUCUAUACCUACAAAACAACGAAAGACUAUUCGAGCUAGAGGUCCAAAGAUUAAGAAAAGAAAUCAAUGAACUUAAAGCCAAUACCUCAAACCAAUGA